UCUCUCAUUUAGAAAAUACCAAGAGAGGUGUGCGCCAAUGUCAUUCUAUCCAAGGUAGACCCGGACUCGCCACGAACUUCAAAGCGAGGAGACUCAGAGUUAAAACCUUUGAACUGUUGCAACCUUGUCGCUUUUCACUUGUGUUUCAAUUCUAGCCUUGGAUUUGACUUUACCGGUCAACAUUUAAUACAAGUGCCGGGCUUAUUGUCCAUAUUCCAAGUGAGGGUUUUCACGUCGUGUCCAGUUGGGAGUGUGCGUGGGGGAGCCGGACAACUGUCACGGACUGUAAUUGGUGUCUCACGCGGUCAAAGCCAUGCCGCCUGGGUUUCAGCAACUUGGAGUGGAGACAGUGACUGGAACCCUUGCUCUCUCAGUGUUCACUGCUGUAUUGGGCUCCUUUCAGUUUGGAUACAACAUCGGCGUCAUCAAUGCACCUCAGAAGAUCAUUGAGGCGGACUACAAUGCUACAUGGGUGCACCGGUAUGGAGAGCCCAUUCCCACCGCUACACUCACCACUCUGUGGUCCCUGUCGGUGGCCAUCUUCUCUAUAGGAGGCAUGAUCUCUUCCUUCUGUGUGGGCGUCAUCUCAGAAUGGCUGGGCAGGAGGAAAGCCAUGCUCAUAAACAACUUGUUUGCCUUCAUCGGAGGAGGUUUGAUGGGCAUGGCCAAAAUCAGCCGGUCCUUUGAGAUGAUGAUCCUGGGACGCUUCGUCAUCGGUGCAUACUGUGGGUUGGCAUCAGGGCUAGUGCCCAUGUAUGUGGGCGAGAUAGCGCCUACAAGUCUGCGAGGUGCUUUGGGCACGCUCCACCAGUUGGCGAUCGUCACAGGGAUUCUCAUAGCACAGGUCCUAGGUCUGGAGUCUUUGCUGGGCAGUGAGGAGUUGUGGCCAGUGCUGGUGGGUAUGACCGUUCUGCCCACUGUCCUGCAGAUGGUGCUGCUGCCCUUCUGCCCCGAGAGCCCCCGCUUUCUCUACAUAAUCCGCUGCCAGGAGCACCACGCCAAGAGCGGCUUGAGGAGGCUGACCGGAAGGCAGGAGGUGGGGGAUAUGCUGGCGGAGAUGAAGGAGGAGAAGAGGAGGAUGGACAUGGAGAGGAAGGUGUCCAUCGCAGAGCUCUUCCGCUCCCCCAUGUACCGGCAGCCCAUCAUCAUCGCCAUCCUGCUGCAGCUCUCACAACAGCUCUCUGGGGUCAACGCUAUCUUCUACUACUCCACCAGUAUUUUCCAGAAGGCAGGGGUCCAGAGCCCCGUCUACGCCACUAUAGGAGCCGGCGUGGUCAACUGUGCCUUCACCGUGGUCUCGCUCUUCCUGGUGGAGAGGACGGGACGCCGGACGCUACACAUGCUGGGGCUGUCCGGAAUGUGCGGCUGUGCUAUUGUCAUGACGAUAGCUCUUGCCUUAUUGGACAGUGUUCCCUGGAUGAGCUACAUCAGCAUGCUGGCAAUCUUUGGCUUCGUGGCCUUCUUUGAGGUGGGGCCUGGCCCCAUCCCCUGGUUCUUCGUGGCUGAGCUCUUCUCCCAAGGCCCCAGGCCCGCUGCGAUGGCCGUGGCCGGAUUCUCCAACUGGACGGCCAACUUCAUUAUUGGUUUUGGCUUCCAGUAUCUUGCUGAGCUUUGUGGGCCUUAUGUCUUCCUCAUCUUUGCAGUCCUCCUGGUCUUCUUCCUCAUCUUCACCUUCUUCCGGGUGCCGGAGACACGGGGCAAGACGUUCGACCAGAUCUCCGCCUCCUUCAGCCAGCACCCACCCGCCAUGAUGGACCUGGACAUGGAGCUGGGCAAGCGGAGUACAGAGCUGGACUACCUGGGGGGGGAGGGAAGCCUUGACUAAUGGGGUCCCAUGGGGGAACUGGGGAGGGCAGGCCUUUGAGUUGUGUCUAGGCAUAUCGAGCAAGGUUGGCGUGUGGGUCAAGGGUUAGGGAGGUGGAAUGGAUUUGGAACUGGGCCCUUAGUUGGGAAAUGGAGUUUGAGGGAGAUAUGUUGACAGGAACGGGUUGCUCGAGGAAAAGGCUGUGCAACAUUAAAGCAUUGCACCAACUUAACAUACCCCAGAAAGGGUGGCGGGUGAGUGAUUUUUAUUACCAGGGCAACCCAUAAUGGGUGAUAGAGGGGAUGAUCAGGAACAAGAAUAAGGUUCCUGAACUUUGAGGCAUUACCCCCGCCCGGGUGUACAUAUGCUGAUGGGGGAUGGAGAUUUGAUUGAGAGACUGCGCACAGAUGUUCUAUGGAGAGAGGUAUUCCUGCACUUUAUAUACAAAAAUGUCAGCAGUUUUCAGAUUGAUAGCUGGUUACAAUAACAGCUAGUGUGGAAACCCAUGUACAUUUUUAGUGAGCAAAGCUAUGGUGUUGUGGCAUUGAGUGAUUUAUUUCCAAGUUACUGUAAGUUUGUCUCAGUGGGCUAACCAGUCUACCGCUAGCAACCCACUUCCUCUUUGGAAGUGUCCCUAAACUUGAUUUCACAAGAUGGACAGCUUUAACAUGACUCAUUGCACAGCCUACAGAGAAGUUACUUUUAAUGAGCAAAUCAUGUAUUUAGUACUUAAAUGUAUAUAGCGUGCUGGUUUGAGUGAAAAAAACAAAAUGGUACAAGGGUCUUCAAAUACUCAAACUUUACCCACUCCAAUAUGAGUAUGUCUUUGGUUUCUAUGGGGUUGUGCACAAUAUUAGUUGAUUUGGUUGGUUUUGACUGCUACUGCAUCAGCAAUCUGUCCCUGAACUACGACACAUGUGCUGUCUUCUGUACUGGUUGUGAUUGAACAGUUGUCUUUGAAGAUUUGUAUUGAACAAAGAGAAUCUGUAAUUUAUAUGAAGUGUGAAUAUUGAUAGUAUCCUGUAUGGUUUGUAUGACAAUUGUUCCCAUUUCAAACAUGAGCAUGUUGAUGCCCCAACAUUUCAGUGAGACUUUAGUUACUACCAUCCCGAGAAAAAAGGGUCAUAUUGAAUACAAAUAUACUGCAAUUUAAUGUUACAGCUUUUAUCAAGUGUCUGAUGCUACGUUUUCAGAUUCUACGAGUUGGAAUUUAAUGCAAUUACUUACUCUGGUUUUAUCCCACAAAAAUGAGAUUCAAGGCAGACAUAUUUUACAUUUCCUGGACUGUGUAUUGUGGACAUUAAAGACAUGACUGCA